AUGGCCCAAUUCGGAUAUGACGUUCUGGCAAUUAAAAUAACCUCAUUUUCUUUACAGGAGCUUUUGGAACAGCUAUUCAAGUUAUUCGACCAGGACAGGGACCAUUGCUUACAUCAAGAAGAUUGGAUAGAAUUUCUUAAACAGCGUCUUACUAAUGAAAAGCAAAUUGAUUUUGCAGAACAAUUGGAAAGUGUGGCAUUUUGUCUAUGCGGAGAAAAACCAAUAUUUUUGGAUCAAUUUUACCAAAUAUUUCACGCUAAAGGGAUUUUGGAUAAAUUGUUUAGACUGAUCGAUGAAGAAAAUUCUGGGGUAAUAUCGUCUGAUGCCAUAAUGGAAUUUUUAUCAACAAUAACCAAUACAAGGCCUCGUACGGGUAUCGAUAAAGGCAGCUUGGAUAGGUUAGAGCAGUUAUUCAGGGAAACCGUUGGAAAUGGAAAGGAAAUCAAAAAAGAGGAGUUCAAAAACAUCGUCACUUCGAAGAAUCCAUUUUUCACUGACAGAGUUUUUCAAAUUUUCGACAAGGACAACUCUGGAUCCAUUUCGCUGAAAGAGUUUCUGGAUGCCAUGCAUCAGUUUGCUGGUCAAACAGCGGAAGAUAAAAUUCGGUUUCUCUUCAAAGUAUAUGACUUGGAUGGUGAUGGAUUGAUACAGCACAAGGAAUUGCAGCAUGUCAUGAGAGCAUGCAUGGUAGAGAAUGGAAUGCAGUUCAGCGAAGAACAGAUUGAUAAUCUGACAAUGGCUAUGUUCGAAGAUGCUGAUACAAAUAAUAGGGGGGCUAUUACAUACGAAGCCCUCAAAAGCCAGCUCGAAAAACAUGGAGGUCUACUAGAGAAUUUAUCGAUAAGCAUAGACCGAUGGUUAGUUCCUCCCAAACCGCAAUCGCAACCAACUUCGUUAUUAGGAAAACUCCUUUCGUAUCGACCGUAUCAACUGACAUUGCCAUAUAUAAGGAACAACCAUAUUUAUUUGAUAUUCUUAUCAGGUUUCCUUCUAGUCAAUGCUGCCCUAUUCAUUUCAAGAGCCAUCGAAUAUGCAGGGUCGACUUGGUACACGAUAUUUGCCAGGGCGUGUGGGCAGUGUCUCAACUUCAAUUGUACUUUCAUCGUUGUCUUGAUGCUUAGACAGUGUAUCACGUUCUUACGAACAAGAGGCUACAGUUCAAUUUUACCUCUGGACCAACAUAUUUAUUUUCACAAACUGACCGGCAUGUUUAUCUUUGGCUACAGCGUUUUACACACAGUUAUGCAUGUGUGUAACUUCAGUCUCAUUGUGGUGAAUGACCCCAUUAUAAAUGAAGCCAACUACACAGCUUCGGAAUGGCUGUUUACGACCAAACCAGGUUUAUUUGGAUUGAUAGGAGGAGUAGCAAAUCCCACAGGCGUGGCACUACUGGUGAUUUUAAUUACUAUAGUAAUAAGUUCCCAGGCAUUCGUUAGGAGAGGAGGUUGUUUCGAGAUUUUCUACUACACGCAUCUAAUGUACGUACCCUUUUGGAUACUAUUGAUUCUACACGGUCCAAACUUUUGGAAAUGGUUCUUCAUACCAGGGAUCGCAUAUGGCCUGGAAAGAAUAUACAGAUCUGCUUUCAUCGUCACCGAAAGAGGAAAAACAUACAUCAGUUCCGGUUUGCUUUUGCCCUCAAAGGUUACACAUCUAGUUAUCAAGCGACCGCUGCAGUUCGAUUUCCACCCAGGAGAUUACAUAUUCGUUCGAAUACCGGCGAUAGCAAAAUACGAAUGGCAUCCUUUUACAAUCAGUAGUGCCCCUGAACAAGACGAUUACAUGUGGCUGCACAUCAGAGGCGUAGGGCAGUGGACAAACAGGCUGUACGAGUAUUUCGAAAGGGAGCAAGAAAAACUGCACAAUGGAGAAAUUCCAGCUUUACCUCCAUCUCCAUCCAAGAAAUCUCCAUCCAAUGGUGGAAUCAACAAUAAUCAAAGUCCCUUAAAAAAAUUGCAAACUACCAUCACCAGAACAUUGUCGAAUAAAGAUAUGACUAAAAAGCCCGGUAUUCAGUUGGUGGCUUUUUCUCAUGAAGCUUUCCAAAAUGACGAACGUUCGAAAUCGCCACAUGGAGAAAAUGAUACGAAUAUGGCUUCUUGCAGUAACACAGAGAUUACUAAACAAACCACCAAACCAAGAAAGCUAACACCAGAAAAAAGACUUCACAGACUACUCUUUACCAAUAAAGCGCCAUUGGAAAAAUCUCUCUCGAUGCCGGAUAUGCAAACAAAAGCUAAGAAAAGAGAGAGAUUACUAGUAUUACGUGAAUACAUGAGAUCUGAAUCUGAAAAGAGUUUCAACGAAUGCCAGAUCCGAAGAGCUAGAUUGCAGUCACUAGGACUCGCCUAUUUGAGCCCACAGAAUAAAAGUUUAGCACAAAGUUUCAGAUACAUGCGAAACAAGCCAACUAUUAUCGCCUUCAAAACACCAAGUUUGGAAAACUGCGAACAGAGAGAUUCAAGUAGUUCAUUUGGAAGCGUGGGUCGUCAGAUGAGCUCCUUAAGUUUUACAUCGAGUCCAGAACGGCAAGCCGAAGAAGGACGACUGAUUCCUGUGGCUAGGGAAGGUCAAUUGACGCCAAAUUUUCUGCAGUUACAUCAAUUACAACCAAUGAACUACCCAGUUGGCAAACCUUUAGAGGUUAAGAGAUCUGCACGCAGAGAAAAUAGGGUGGAGGAUGUAAUCAUAAGAAUAUCCGAUUCAGCUGGAACAGAGAUUUACUUGGAUGGUCCGUACGGAGCACCGUCGAGCCAUAUCUUCAGAGCCCAACAUGCUGUUCUUAUAGCAACAGGAAUCGGAGUUACUCCUUUUGCAUCGAUCUUGCAAUCUAUUAUGCACCGUUACUGGAAAGCCAGACAUACAUGUCCUAAGUGUACAUAUUCCUGGGCGAGUGAUAUACCAGCCACCGUCAUGAACCUCAGAAAAGUUGAUUUCUUUUGGAUCAACAGAGAUCAACGUUCAUUCGAAUGGUUUGUGAACUUGCUCUCCCAGUUGGAAAUCGAACAGGCGGAACUCGGAGGAGCCAUGGAGAGAUUUUUGGAAAUGCACAUGUACAUUACCAGUGCUCUGCAGAAAACGGAUAUGAAAGCAGUUGGAUUACAGCUUGCUUUGGAUUUAUUACAUGAGAAGGAAAAGCGCGAUUUGAUAACGGGAUUGAAAACUCGCACCAAUGCUGGUCGUCCAAACUGGGACAGAGUUUUCAAAACAAUUUCCGAUCAGAAAAAAGGAAAAGUGACGGUUUUCUACUGUGGCCCGCCCCAACUUGCUAGGAUCUUGCGAGUAAAAUGUGGCCAGUUUGGUUUCAAUUUUCGAAAAGAAGUUUUUUGAUAUUGUUUUGUGUAUUAAUAUCACAUUUUAUUUGUAUAGCAUAUUUAUUUAUUCUUGACUUAGGAAUAUUUAUUUACACUUGUACCAUACUGUAAUUAUUCUUCAAUGAUUUCAGCAAAAACUUGCCUCUUUCGUGUAAAUAAAAGCAUAUUUUUACUCU